CAAAAAAAAAUCAUCGUAGAGUUCGAGUCAGAAUCACGAAAUCCGGUUGGAUUCUCAGUUUCUUGGAGGCGCUUCGUGGAUGAGGAAGCUCAGUUCAUGGGAUAAACUCGAAAAUAAGGUGAUAAAAAAAAUUGCAAAAAAAACACUUUGAGGAAAUAGGACAUAGUGUGAGGGAGUGUGAACAAUUUGUGCGAAGGACAUAAGAAAAUUUGUGGAUUUUUUUCUAACAGUGCAACUGGCAAAAAUUUUGCAAAAAAAAAAACGAAUUCUCUGAAGUGAUCUAAUCUUGGAGUGUAAAGUGUUUUGUAUUUAAGUUAAGCUCCAGAGACAAAACAAAAAACAUUUCUUUCACACAGUAUUUGCAAAUAUAAAAUGUAGAAAUAAUUAGUUAGUUUGACGUAGCACUGUGUGAAGUUUAUUUUUUUUAAUGAUUUUUAUUGGCAAAACAAAAUCAAAAGUUGAUUGCUGUUGAAGGAGAAUUUGCAAUCAAUUUGUGUUUUAUCCCUAAGACACAAUUCCAAAUGAGACAGUAACGAAAUAUUCUCCAUUCAACUUCCCAAUAUACAUGAAAUGGUGACAUUAAUGCCAUGUAGUUAUAUAUCAGCCUCCCGCUGUGGACUGAUUGAUAAAAUGAUAGAGCCAAAGGUUAAAAGAUCAAGAGUCGAUGAUAGUGACCCUAAUGAUCGAAAUAGAAUCUACACGCCCAAUAGUCAGUUGUGCAAUUCAAGCUCCCUGGCCACCACAGCAACUCCCGCCGGCGGCAAUCUGGUGAGCCAUUCCUACGCCCAAACACCUUUGCUUUCGCUGGCGGGCUCGAGUCGAUGCAGUGCCCCAUCCAGUGGUACCAUCCUGCGCCAGACCACGAAUCCCACCACCUCCGGACUCCUCCAGGCCUCACCCGGCUGCGAUGGAGGUGCCGGUGUGAAUAUGUCACCGGGACUCCUGGGCAUCGGCUCAUCAGGUGGCCCCGGAACUCUCCAGCAGGAAAGCACCCCAAUUGGGAUGUCGCAUUGGCUCUCUGAAGGCACUGUGAAGUCUGAGGCUCGAAGUCCAGGCAUCGAUUCAGCUCCAACAGCAUCCCUAGCUGCAUCCAGUCACUUGGAUACUUCUCUCUUCUGUCCCGGAGGAUCCACAGCUACCCUGGAUGCUUUGCAGAACAGCACCAAUUCAUAUGAGCACAAACAGGAUUACUACAAUUACUACAACAGCAUGCAGCAAUAUGCACCAUCCUUCUAUUCCUACGGGACUCCCUACACCUCGAGGACACCCGCCAAAAUUCCCUCCCCAAAUGCCUAUCUCUCCUCAACCUAUGCCUCUGCCACUUCCAAUAACAAUUCCUCGCAGAUCUACGGAUCCUACGGCUACAACAACUUCUCCCAAUUCCCUUCAGCUGCUCAGCAGGACUACAGCAGUUGCUACUACAACGAACAAUACGGAGGAUACUACAAUGCAGCUGCUGCUGCAAGUUACUCCCCCUAUGUCAGUUCUCCCGGUUCCAGCGGUAGUCAGGGUUUUCAUGCGGCACUAGCACUGUCGGAGAGCCCUUCAGAUGAAGCUCCAGGAACUCCCACCCUCAUGACCACUCACUCCCCAACAUCCCCACUGUCUGUGUCACCCAGUAUCGGGGCCAAGACAGUUGGAGGCAAGGUUGGCCGAGCUCGAGGACGACGUCAUGCGCAUCCAAGUCCCACCAGGAGUUCAGUAUCCGAAAGCGGAACCCAGGAGAAUGCCAAGACGCCCGAAAGGGUUUUUGUAUGGGAUCUCGAUGAGACCAUCAUCAUCUUCCAUUCCCUACUGACCGGCACCUAUGCCAAUCGCUACAGCAAAGAUCCCAAUCACAUUGUCCAGCUGGGAUUCCGGAUGGAGGAGAUGAUCUUCAACAUGGCAGAUUCGCACUUCUUCUUCAAUGACAUUGAAGAGUGCGAUCAGGUGCACAUUGACGAUGUCUCAGCGGAUGACAAUGGCCAGGAUCUGACCACGUACAAUUUCUCCACGGAUGGCUUCCAUCCGGCAACUCAACCUGGGGCUCCCAGUAUUUGUCUGCCCACGGGUGUCCGAGGAGGUGUCGAGUGGAUGAGAAAACUCGCCUUCCGCUACAGGAAAAUCAAGGAUAUUUACAAUUCGUACAAGAAUAAUGUCGGAGGUCUUCUGGGGCCACAGAAGAGGGAGCAGUGGCUGGAAAUUCGAAAGGAUAUAGAAAUAGCCACGGACAAUUGGCCAACAUUGGCCUUCAAGUGUCUCAACAUGAUCGCACAACGAGAGAAUUGUGUUAACGUCCUCGUGACGACAACCCAGCUUGUUCCUGCCCUUGCCAAGGUCCUCCUCUUCGGACUGGGACAGAUAUUCCCCAUUGAGAAUAUCUACAGUGCCACGAAGAUAGGUAAUGAAUCCUGCUUUGAGCGCAUCGUCACGAGAUUCGGCCGCAAGAGCACCUAUGUGGUUGUGGGAGAUGGUCAGGAUGAGGAAGUGGCAGCCAAAAAUCUCAAUUUCCCUUUCUGGCGAAUUUCAUCUCACAGUGAUAUCAAAUCUCUGUACACAGCCCUCGAUAUGGGCUUCUUAUGAAAGUUUUCCCUCCGUCAGCUCACCAAGUGGAUCCUCUAAGGUUAGGAGGAACAUCCCCGGUCAGCAUUCUCUGCGGUUUUUCAGCACACACACACCAGUGAUUUUUUCUUAUUUCCUGUGCCACGCAAAACUCAAACCCUUUCGUGCACCUCUGGAUUUGAUUUGAGUGUGAAAGGGGCUACCUGGGACAGAAGGGUGCAACAUCAAAUGUUCCCUGACCCAAAUGGGGCCCUAUGCAACAAUUUAAUGUAUUAUUUCAAAUUCCCUGAAAAUUUUUCUUAGUCAAUUUAGCGUGAAGUUUUAUUUAGGUAUACUUGUGUUCAUAAGAAUGGAUGACUAAUGUAAGAUGAAAAGGAUCAAAAUAUUGUAAAUAAAGAAUGGAACAAUUCUUCAACUUAA